ACGGAAUUUUAAAUACCGCUAUUCCUUUCGCGUCACAGGACCUGAGUCUUGCAUGCCUAGUUUACAUAAUUAGGUCGCAUAACUGGGCAAACUAGCAAAGGUCAGAUGGAGGAAGUAAAGCAGGAUUUUCGCCUAGAACUAGCUCACAAGGUUUUCCUGAUCAAGACUCCCGACAUUCCAGUUGACAAUAGAGAGGUGCUGAAGAAGGAGGUCCUAGCAGUGAUCUACGAAGGAAACCUUGCACCGCUAUAUCAAUACCUCUGCUCGGAGCUGGGAUGGACCCUGGACAGCGAGAAACUGGGUUUGAUGCAAGCGGCCAAUGCCGCGAAACUGGCAGAGUUCGAUGAAAAGCAAAAGGACGCGGAGGAGAACCUUGGCGAGACGGAAGUACGCGAUGUUAUGCUGGCCAGAGCAGAGUACUUGGGCAGCAUAAGCGAUCGUGAAGCCGCAUCCCAAGCAUUUGACGCUGUGGAAAAGAAGACGGCAAGCGGGGGAAACAAGGUAGACCUCCUUUUCAGCCAGAUCAGGCUUUUCAUCUUGUAUGGUGACUGGCGGCGGGUGAAGACACUCAUCGCGCGGGCGCAGUCGCUAUGCGAAGAGGGUGGCGACUGGGAGCGUAAGAACAAGCUCAAGGUGUACCAGGGCGUCUUGGCCAUGUACACACGCCAAUUUGCGGCGGCAGCGGACCUGCUGCUGGACUCCACCGCCACGUUUACGGCGUCCGAGCUUUUCCCAUAUUCGUGGCUCAUCUUCUAUGCGGUAGUAGUGGCGCUACCGACCCUGUCCCGAUCGGAGCUGAAAAAGCGGGUGGUGGACUCGCCUGAGGUGCUGUCCGUCAUCCAUAGCCUGCCUGGUGUGCAGCAGCUGCUCGAGGCGCUCUACCACUGCAAGUACCGGCAAUUCUUCUCGUCGUUCCUGGAGGUUAUCGAGGAGAUGCGGCGUGACAUGUACCUGCACCACCACGUGCGGCACUACAGCCGGGAGCUGCGCGCUGUGGCGUACACACAGUUUCUGGAGAGCUACAAGAGCGUCACACUGGAGUCCAUGGCGAGUGCCUUCGACGUCUCAUCAAGCUUUCUGGACGCGGAGCUGGUAGACUUCAUUUGCUCAGGCCGCCUGCACGCCAAGAUUGACAAAGUGGCGGGCGUUAUCGAGACGAACAGGCCCGAUGCAAAGAACGCACUGUAUGCCGACACUUUGAAGAAGGGCGACCUUCUGCUGAAUAGGGUGCAGAAGCUCUCGCGCGUCAUAGACAUGGAAUGAUGGACCGAAUAGUCGGCAGCCCUGGUGCUUAAACGAAAGGAGCGGCUGCCGGACGUCCCUCUAUAUAUUUUUGAGGCAUGGGUGCCCUGCAGGUUCCGGCCUGCAGGCGCUGUAAACCGUUUCCUUCCAGUACGUUCUUCUGGCGAAGUCCCUGCAGUUGAUGUUUAUGACCGCGGAAGAAGAGGAAAAAGGGAUUGUUCAAAAUGGUGAACCGUAUCUGUGUGUCACCUAUCUGUCGUACAUGCCGAAAGCUUGGGCAGCUGGUGAAUGGCUUUUUCUCUUUGGAUGGUGUAAACGCGUGGAGGUUCUUUAAGCUCUGCAAUGCUCGUGUGCACGGCCUCUUUAUACGUCCUAUGCAUGAGCGUGCAGAGCGGGGUUGACUGAGGUGAUGGGCAAUAGGAGGAAAUGGACUGAACGGAUGCAGUCCACGGCUUCAUACCAAAAUGUUUGACCUGAUAGGCCCGGCAGACCUUUCGGGGGCUCAGCUGUUGACAAAUCGCCAAGCCUGCAGGUCAGAUUUUGCCUGGAUUGCUUACCGUCUACCAUUUUAGCUGGCAGGAUUUGCGUUGUCCACCCUACCGUACCUUUCUUGUCGAUAUCCGCCGUACACGUAGACUUGCAGCCACCAGAUGGUUGUAUGGUCGAAAGCCACGUGACAUUGUUCAAAUUGCCUUGUAACGCCGGAGAAAUAUC